GAUUAUUUCGAGAUCGUAAUGUUAGCACGUAAGAUAUAUUAGUGAUAGAUAACUGCCGACGAAGAUCGACAGCUUAUUUUCAGCUUCUUCACAAAUUUAAGCAGAAGUCCUGCCAAACAGUCAGCUUCUACAGCAGCUUAUUAGUUCAGCUGCUUCUCAGAAUACACUAAAAACAGCCAACAAGCAGAAGCUGUCUUUCAUCAGCUUCUCAGAUAAGCUGUUUUUUUAACAAACAGCAGCUGUGUCAAACAGGGUCAACAGUGGAUAGUGGCGCAUGGUUGAAAAUAGCAUAAAAGCCGAACAAAGUCACUUCCUUUCUCCGCAGCAAUAGACUGGUCACCACUCACGAGAGCAGAAAACAAACAAUGCCUCCUUACCUGCUCGCUGCCGGCGCGCUUAUCGUCUUCCUGUACAUCAUCAAGAACCGCAGGAGCAGAAAGCUCCCGCCAUCCCCGCCGUCGCUACCGCUGAUCGGCCACCUUCACCUCAUCGGCCGCGUCGCGCACCGAUCCUUGCUAGAGCUGCAGGUUCGCUAUGGCGGCGGCGGCGGUCUCCUCUUCCUGCAACUCGGGCGCAGACCGACCUUGGUCGUGUCCACUGCGGCCGCGGCCGCGGAUCUGUUCAAGAACCACGACCUCGCUUUCGCCUCCCGCCCACGCAGCGUGGGAGGGGAUAAGCUGAUGUAUGAGUGCAGCAACGUGUCGUUCGCGCCUUACGGCGAGAACUGGCGCCGGGGCAAGAAGAUCGCUGUGGUCCACCUCCUCUCUCCACGGCGCGUGGAAUCGUUCGCGCCCGUAAGGGCCGCCGAGGUAGCCGCGCUCGUCGCACGGACACGCCGCACCGCGGAGGCUGGGGAGGCCGUGGAGUUGAGGGAGCUCCUGAACGGCUACGCCAACGCGGUGGCCACCCGCGCGGCCACCGGUGCCGCUGGGGCGACAGCAGAGAAGCUGAAAGAGCUGAUGGGGAACUCCGAGCCCGAGGCGCUGAUGGCGGGCUUCCAACCCGAAGACGUGCUGCCGGACGCACCGGCGAGGUUCGUGAGAUGGGUGACGGGCCUCAAUAAGAAGCUCGAAGACUUGGUGGAGUCGUGGGACAAGUUCCUGUCCGAUAUAGUGGCCGCACACAAGGAGAAGGGGGGUGGCGACGCAGAGGAGGAUGAGGACUUCUUGGAUGUCUUGCUUCGGCUGCGGGAAGAAGGCGCAGAUGGGCUCGAGCUCACAGACGAUCGCAUCAAAGCUACCGUCAAGGACAUGAUAGCGGCUGCAACUGAAACAUCGUCCCAAACGCUGGAAUGGACCAUGGCCGAACUCAUUGCCAACCCGCGGGUGAUGAGCAAGCUCCAAGGCGAGAUAGCGCGAGUCGUCAGCGCCGAUCAGACGACCAUCGCUGAACCGGACCUGAACAAAAUGGAGUACCUGAGGGCAGUGUUCAAAGAGGUGCUUCGGCUCCACCCACCAGCGCCGCUCCUCGUCCCGCACGAAUCAACAACGCCCGCGGUUGUGCAGGGCUACGAGAUCCCGGCCAAGACGGCUCUCUUCGUCAACGUGUGGGCCAUCGGGCGGGACCCUGCUGUGUGGGACGCACCGGACGAGUUCCGCCCAGAGCGGUUCGUGGGCGGCAGUCCCUCGGUGGACUUCAGAGGUACCGACUACCAGCUCAUCCCGUUCGGCGCCGGCCGGAGGAUCUGCCCCGGCAUCAACUUCGCGCUGCCGGUCUUGGAGCUCGCGCUUGUCAGCCUUCUGCACCACUUCGAAUGGGAGCUCCCCGCCGGCGUGGGAAAAGCGGACCUCGACGUGGGCGAGGCGCCGGGGAUGACGACGCCGCGGCGGAUUCCGCUCGUCCUUGUCCCCAAGUGCAGGACGCUCGUUCAGCCAGCGCUGCAGUAGCGCGAGGAAUUUCAUGUGUCUCCAUGCAGUGGCGGAACCAGAAAUAUUUAAGAGCUUGGGUAAAAAAUAAUACUUAUACUGUAAAUAUGUAGCUUUGUCUAAUUUUUACCUGUGUUUAACUAUAUUUUACUACUUGUUGUA